CAAACUGCCUGCAGAAGGAUCGAGGCAUACAUGCCACGCAGGUUGGACGACUACACACAGAGUAUUCUCACUGCAUUUAUCGACCAUCUGCCUUGGGAAGGCCAGCAGGCCCUAGUACCCAUUCAUUGCUAAUGCUGCGGAUGAAGUAUUGCAUUCGCUGGCCUAUCACCUAUACACCACUAUUCUUCUUCCUGUUCAGGCAAACAGCAGACACGCAGUGACCCCAGCCCUCUUUGUUGAUAGCGAGGAGCUUGAGGGUGACAUUUAUCAGAUGAUGUUAGAGUCUUCCUCUCUAAACGAUCAACCACGCUUGAAGAAGCUAUGUCUGCAACGAGAUGAUUCAAAAUGUAUGGUCACAGGGGUGAGAGACGUCUCCAAAUACUGCCUGGGGGGAUUACUUGCGUCAACUCGACUGGCACAUAUCCUCCCGCUCUCUAUUGGAAAGUGGCACGAUAAGUCAUCUGAAGACAGAAUUUCCCAAAUCUGGGCGACCCUCUACCGACUAUUUCCGCGUCUCAAGAUUGGGCCAUCUGAGAUAAAUGACGCCACAAACCUGAUGACCCUGAUGGAUCCUUUAGAAGAUGCCCUGGGAAAAUUCAAUAUGGCAUUUGAGCCCACGGUCGUAUCUAACCAAUAUCGCAUUCUGUUGUUCCCCGGAUUCCAGAGUUUCUUCACCCCUGCCCUACCACAGCCCAACCAGAAUGGCGAACGCAUAAUUCGAUUUCGAAGUCAUAUCGACUGCCCGCUUCCUGGUGCUGACAUCCUGCAUGCACACGCCUGUAUUGCCAAGAUUCUGCAUUCAUCCGAUAUCUUCAAGCGAGUCCAGAGGGUCCUGCAGGUUGGUGAUACCACGCGUCAUCUCGCCACAGAUGGCACGACCGAGCUCGACUUUCUCUUCUCUCAACUCUAGCUGUCAGUGAAAUGGAAGGU